UAAAAAACAAAACCCCAAUUUCACAUACGCUGAACGCUCUCAACACGGUCGCUGAGGCACGACGCAGAACGCAGAAAUAGUUCUUUGAGCUCACUAUUUACUUUGAAACUGAAAUUAAAUUCGGUACAAGUUAAUGGGAGUGAUAAAGGAUGGCACAAUCUCAGGGGUUUUACCGGACCCUCAGGGUUUUAUCGUGCACUAUCCUGGUUAUCCAUCAUCCAUCUCACGUGCCGUUGACACACUUGGUGGAAUUCAAGGCAUUCUUAAGGCUCGCAGUUCGCAAUCAAACAAAUUAGAACUCCAUUUUCGCCCUCAAGAUCCAUAUUCACACCCUGCGUUUGGGGAGCUUCGUCCUUCCAACGCUUUGCUUCUCAAAAUAUCAAAGAGAAAACCGAUCGAUGUUCAUGAUGCCAAUCACGUGUCUAGAAGUGGAAUGGAGAAUGAGAUGCGAACAAAUCAACCAGAAAUUGAGCAUAAGGAUGCUGAUGAUGUUAAUGGAGAGGCAAACCUUUGUGCUGAUAUUGUUGCUCAUGUUCCUGAGGCUUAUUUUUUUGAAGGAAUGGCAGACUACCAGCAUGUUAUUCCUGUUCAUGCGGAUGUUGCACGGAGGAAAAAGAGAAACUGGUCGGAAUUAGAAGAACCGCACUUUGAUAAGGGUGGGCUGAUGGAUGUGGAUCAUGAGGAUGUUAUGAUGAUAGUGCCUCCACUUUUUGCUCCAAAAGAUGUGCCAGAAAAUUUAGUCUUGAGACCACACACUGAGUUGAGUUCAAAAAAGAAACAAGAGGAAAUUUUACAACCCCAUUUCGAGCUGGACAUGGAGGACACAGAGCCAGUUCUUGCAAUUGAUUUUGACAUUAAAGAUAUUCCUAAAAAAGUGAAUUGGGAGGAAUACAUACCACGAGGUUCAGAUCAGUGGGAGUCACAAAUGGUUGUAUCUAGAUUGUUUGAUGAGAGGCCUAUAUGGUCCAAAGUUUCACUUACUGAACGCUUGCUUGAUAAGGGCUUAAGCUUUUCCCAUGGCGGACUUAGAAGGUUUCUAUCUAGAAUUUCUUACUACUUUUCCAGUGGACCAUUUCUAAGGUUCUGGAUCAAAAAAGGAUAUGAUCCACGCAAAGAUCCUGAUUCUCGCGUUUAUCAAAGAAUCGAUUAUCGAGUACCUGUCCCAUUACGAAGUUACUGUGAUAAUCACUCAGCCAAUAAAUUUAAACAUAGAUGGGAGGAUAUAUGUGCCUUUCGAGCUUUCCCUUACAAGUUCCAGACAUCUUUACAGUUAUUCGAGCUUGUUGAUGAUUAUAUUCAAUCAGAAAUAAAUAAGCCUCCAUUGCAGGCAACUUGCACCUUUGGAUCUGGGUGGUUCUCCAACCACAUGAUCAAUUGUUUUAGACAACGUCUCAUGGUGAGGUUCCUAACAAUAUUCCCCAAGCCUGGCGCAGAGAAUUUACUCAGAGCUGCCACUUCAAGGUUUGAAAAAAUGAAGAGGGAGUGCACUAGGAAUGCUAUGAAGCUUGAUGGAGAGGAUUGCCAACAAGCUAAUUCAGGUUUGGAAGAGAAUGAGGAACCUGACAAUGUUGAAGAUGACGAAGAGGAGGCAGCUGAGGUUAAUGAUAGUGAUGAGGAAUGGGAAGAAGAACUUGAUCUGGGUGGAGAUAGUGAAAUGCCUCUGCCGUCUAAUUCUUAUCUCAUGGAGAAUAUUUCAAGGACCCAUUUACAGGAGCUUUUUGGGAGCUUUCCCUCUAAUGAAAUUAACGGUGACAAUGCGCAAGUAAAUGCUAGUGACGAAGAAUAUCACGUAUACGAGGAAGAUAGUGACGACAACUGCUCUGAUGAAUGAUUAUUGAUUGUUGACAUUCAGAAUUAUCAGAUAGGCAGAUCUCUUCCAGAGUUGUUACUGGAAAUUUUGCUGUUUAGUUUAGAGGAGCAUCAGUGUUUUCUGAAGUUAACAUGGAAGGGUCAAAUAUCAUCUUAGAUUUGUUCAGUAUAGGGAAAAAAUAUAUAUUAAGCAAUACAAAGAAAACAAGAAUCAAAGAUAAAGUGUAGUGAUAUAAGAACCGAAUAUCUGUAUAAAAUGUUUAUGCAAUUCUAAAUUUAAAUUGAA